AUGGCUUUCUCACAAAUGCAAAAAAUUUCAGCAUUUUGUUUCCUCCUAUGCAUGGUGGUAAUUUCAUUUUCAUCAGCACCACAUGCAGAAGCUGCAAUCUCAUGCAACACAGUGUACUCUAAGCUAAUGCCGUGCCUCAGCUACCUCAUGGGAGGUAGCAAACAGGCGUCGCCAGCUGACUGCUGUAGCGGGAUUAAGUCCCUUUACACAGCCGCUAGCACCACCGCUGACCGACAGGGGGUGUGUGCCUGCCUGAAAUCGGGGGCAGCAAGUCUUGGCAGCAGUAUUGAUACUAACAAAGCUGAAACACUUCUUAGCAAAUGUGGUGUCACUGUUCCUUACAAGAUUAGCCCAAACGUUGACUGCUCUAAAAUCCCGUAA